AUGUCCCCUGUCCCCCCGGGGCCUUUUGCCCGCAGCAGCAGCAGCAGCAACUUUGUCCCCCAGGCUCCUACAGUCCCUUCCAAGGCGCCACAAGCCAGGACGCCUGUCUCCCCUGCCCCGCAGUUGUUGCUGCUUCUGCUGCUGCUGGAGCUGCGCGGAUUUACUGCUGCUGCUGCUGCUGCUGCUGCUGCUGCAGGCCACUUCUGCGAGGCCGCGGGGACUGCAGAGCCGGAGGCCUGCGAGGGGGGCUUCUACUGCAUAUCCGGGUCCACUUCGGGGGCCCCCUCAGCAGCAGCAACUCUGGAGGAGGCCCUGGGGGCCUCGGAGGGGGCCCCGGGGGCCCCCACGGAGGGGGGGGCCCCCUGUCCCCUGGGGGCCUUCUGCCCCAGGGCCUCCCGCUUCGCCAGGCCCUGUCCCCCCGGCCUCUACUGCGGAAGGGGACAGCUGCAGCAGCCGCAGGGGACUUGUGCUGCUGGCAGUUAUUGCGGAAAUAAGGCUGUCUCCGACAGUCCCUCGGGGGCCCCCGGGGCCCCCGGGGCCCCCGGGGCCUCGGGGGGCCCCCCCCUCUGCCCCUCCGCCAGCGCCGGCGGCCUCUGUCCAGCCGGUGGGCCCCUGCAGCAGCAGCAGCAGCAGCAGCAGCAGCAGCAGCAGCAGCAGCGGCAGCAGCAGCGGCAGCAGCAGCGGCAGAGCGAGUGUCUCCUUGCUGUCUCCUUCGCGCAGGCCACUACUGCCCCGCAGGCUCCUCGGAGCCCCUCUUCUGCCCCAAAGGACAAGGCCCAGCAGCUCUGCCCCGCCGGCUCCAGCUGUCCUGCUGCAGCAGCAGAGCCCACUGAGUGCGAGCCCGGGACGUACCAGCUGUCUCCGGGGAGCAGCAGCUGCAGCAAAUGCCCCGCGGGCUUCUUGUGCGGAGACUCUGGGGGCCCCCAGCUGUGCCCCGAGGGCCACUACUGCCCCGAGGGGACUGCAGCAGCAGCAAGCUGCCCCCCCGGCAGCUACAGGGGGGCCCCCGGGGGCCCCCAGGAGGCCCACUGCCUCCCCUGUCCCCCCGGCAAGUACUGUCCCCUUCGGGGGACUACUGUCCCCUCCCAAGCCUGUCCCUCUGGCUACUACUGUCCCCUGGGGGCCGGCACUCUCAGCAGCACAACUGUCUCCUCUGGAGACGAGGAGACAGACGAUCCCUGCGGCGGACAGCUCCCCUGCAUCUACGCGCUCCUGUGCCCGCCGAACAGCUACUGCCCGGAGGGGUCCUGGGGCCCCCAGCGGUGCCCCGAGGGCACAGGGCACAGCCUGUGGGGGGCCCCCCAAGAGGCGGCCUGCGCGAAGUGCGGGCCGGGGCUGUACUGCGCGGGGGGCCCCCUGGGGGGCCCCUGCGACGGGGGCUUUGCAUGCACUGGGGGGGCCCUCUCGCCCCGCCCCACAGACGGGGCCACUGGAGACAUUUGCCCGAGGGGACACUUUUGUCCCCCCGCGACGGCCCGCAGCCGCGUUUGCCCCAUUGGCUCCUUCGGGCCCACCAGAGGCCUCGUGCAUGCAUGCGAGGCCUGCCCCCCAGGCCGCCUCUGCGACGUCGAGGGCCUCGAAGAGGCCCCCGAGAAGCUGUGCACUGAAGGCCACUACUGUCCCGAAGGGGCCAUCAGUCCCCGGCAGUGCCCCAUAGGGACUUUCAACGACCAAGAGGGCCAGGCCGGCCAAGAGGGCUGCCUCAAGUGUCCCCCCGGUGAGGCCCUGUCUCCAACUGUCUCCUUUCAGCAGCAGCAGCAGCAGCAGCAGCAGCACCAGCAGCAGCAGCACCAGCAGCAGCAGCAGCACCAGCAGCAGCAGCAGCAGCAGCACGUCCAGCGCGUUGGCGCGCACGCACAGCAGCAGCAGCAGCAGCAGCAGCAGCAGCAGCUGGGGUGUACGUACACUGCGCAGGGAAGUACUGCGGAGACGCGGGGCUGGGGACUCCUUCCGGAGACUGCCAAGAAGGGACUUGGUGUCUCUCCGGCUCCCAAAUCCCAGACGCUGCUCUCGCCUAUCUCCCCAGCGCUGCAGUCCUUUGCCCCGCCGGCUACACUUAUUGUCCCCACGCCCUGCCCCGUGGGGACCUUCAAAGAAGACAAGGGGGCCCCCCCCUGCCAGCCCUGCCCCGGGGGGGUCUUUUGUGCCCACGAGGCCCUCACUGCAGCAGCAGCAGAUGGGCCCUGCUUCCCAGGGUACUACUGCAGGGGGGCCUCCACCUCGGGGGCCCCCUCGGACCCUGCGCAGGGGGGCCUCUGUCCCGAGCACAAGUACUGCCCCGCAGGGUCUUCGGAACCCCUCGACUGCCCCGACGGGACCUUCAACAACUCGCAAGGAAUGAGUUCGUGUCCGGCCUGCGCAGCGGGCUACGUGUGCAGCAGCCAGAACGUGCAGGAGUGUCCCCUCGGGGGCUACUGUCCCCCCGGGCAGUGGAAGGAGACAGUUUGUGCUGCAGGGACUGUGGGGUUAGCAGCAGGACUGCAGCAGCAGCAGCAGUGCGCAGAGUGCCCCGCAGGCAAAGUCUGCAGCGGCGGAGUUGUCUCCGGAGACUGUCCCCAGGGUCUCCUUUGCCUCGCGGGCGCAGCCCCAACUGUCUCCAAACCUUCUCUCGACUUUGCGCAGCAGUCCUCGGACUUCUGGGCCGGCUCGCAGCUUCAGCUCGCAGGGCACUCCCGAGCCGCUGCGCUGCAGCGCGGGGACAGCAACGGGAAUCGAAGGAGCUGCUUCGGAAAGCGAAUGUGUCUCCUGUCCCUCCGGCUUCCUCUGCACCGGCGUCACCGUGGUGAGAGUCCCCUUGCUGCAGCAGCUGCAGCAGCAGCUGCUGCUGCAGCAGCAGCAGCAGCAGCUGCUGCAGCAGCAGCAGCAGCUGCUGCAGCAACAGCUGCAGGACAGCAGCAGCAGCAGCAGCAACAGCUGCAGCAACAGCUGCAGCAACAGCAGCAGCUGCAGCAGCAGCUGCAGCAGCAGCUGCAGCAGCAGCAGCAGCAGCAGCAGCAGCAGCAGCAGCAGCAAGGCUUUGUGUGUGGGGUGGAUGGCAUGGAGACAUUUGCAAACAGCGUUUGUCCUUGGGGACACUUUUGUUUGGAGGGGACAGUUGAGGCCGCGAAGUGUCUCCCCGGGACUUUCAACAACCAAGUGGGGACUCAAAGGGCCGAGGACUGCAAGCCCUGUCCCGCAGGCUUCUUCUGCCCCGGCGCGUCUGCGGAUUCGCAGUCAGCAGCCGCGGCAGCGGCCGCAGCAGCCGCUGCUGCACCGCAGCAGCAGCAGCAGCAGCAGCAGCAGCAGCAGCAGCAGCAGCAGCAGCAGCAAGUGUUUCGCGCGGCCUGCGCAGCCAAGGCCUACUGCCCCGCAGGCUCUGCAAACCCUAAACCCUGCCCCCUAAACCACUACUGUCCCGGGGAGACAGUGGAGCCUCUCGAGUGUCCCCAAAACCACUUUUGUCCAAAGGAGACAGACACCCCACAGGCCUGUCCCCCCGGCUACUUCUGCCCCGGCGGGGCCCACGAGCCCUUCACCUGCCCCCCCGGCAGCAGAGCCAAGACCUCUUGCGAGGGGACACUUAGUCUCGAGAACUGCUGCGAGUUGUGUCCCCCGGGGACUUAUUCGGAGACAGAAGGAGCUGCUUCUUGUUUGCCCUGCAGCGGCGGCUACAUCUGCACAGAGGGGUCCACAAGCCCCAAACCCUCGGGGACUGGCGGCUACAUCUGUCCCCCCGGGCGCUACUGUCCCCCCGGGGCAGUGUCUCCUUUGCCCUGCACUCCGGGGACUUUUCGAGAGUCUCCAGGAGCAGCAGCAGCAGCAGACUGCUUGCCCUGUCCCUCCGGCACUUACCAGCGCUUCCUCGGCAUGACUUCCUGCGAAAGCUGCGGAGACACUUCUGUGGAGGAACAAAGCCAGGGGGCCUUCAACUGCAAGUGUUUGGGAGAAAACAGAAUUUUCCAACACGGAGACAAAACUUGUCCCUGCAAGAGCGGGUUUGUGAGUUUCGACCACCGGCUGGAGGUGGCGGAGACCGAAGAGGGGACUCUGAACUGCCAGCAGGAGACUCUGCGGCGCUGCGGACUUAGCGAAAAAAGAGACUAUUUGGGAAGCUGCGUUGCUGCUGCAGACUGUGCUGCUGCAUGCGGGCCCUCGGGGGGGACCUUUUUGGAGACAGUGGGCCUUUGCGAGUGCGCGGGGGCCCUCGCGGAGACGCAGCAGUGCAGCAGCAGCUGCAGGGCUUUGCUGCCUGCUGCUGCUCUUCAAGGAGACACUAUUAGUCUCUUCGACCCCCUCACUCAAGACUCUUCUCUUCUCCAAAUCCCUGACAUCGAUCUCUCCAACGCUGUCCGCCACUGCAGCAUGUUCCGAGAGCUGCUGGUGGACCUGCACAUCCCCUGCAGCGUUGUGUUCCAGCGGGCGGACAAGACGGGGCUGCAUGCGCUUUAUGUACCCCCCAGUUCGCUGUGGGGCCCCACACGCAGCUGGGGGCCCCUUGGCUCUCCCCGCCGGCUGCAGGCCUGGAGCCGGCGGAGUUCGCGGCGAGCAGCAGCAGCAGCAGCAGCAGCAGCAGCAGCAGCAGCGGCGGCAGCAGCAGGGGGUGCGGCGAAGGGGUCCUCUGGGGAGCUGGGGGCGGCUGGCGAGGAGGAGCCGCAGACGGCUCUGGGAGCCCUGCUGCGGCUGCAGCAGCAGCAGCAGCUGCUGCAGCAGCAGCAGCAGCUGCUGCUGCAGCAGCAGCGGCGGCGGCGCGCCGCACAACACUUCAGAGCCACCGCGGGCCAGCCCUCGCUGAAAGAGCUGCAGUCCAUGACUGUCGACAAUUCCGUCAUUUGUCUCAUUCAAGGAUCUUCAAUUGUUUGGGAACUCAAAGACGGAGUUUACCCCAUUUACGUCAAGGACUCGCUGUUGAAUUCGAGUCAAGACUUUGACUGGACGGGGUUCCGGCAGCUGGCAGCAAAGGCAGCAGACACGGGAGUGGGAAAUGGAAUUGGGCCUUCUUUUUUUAUGCACACUUUUGACUCUGAGGGGACUUUUGUUUUUGCGUCUUCGGCGCAAAACUCCAAACUGUCUCUUGUCAAAGUCCUGCCCCCCGGCAUGGAGUGUCCCGCAGACACGGGAUACCCCACUCCGAUUCGGCUGCGGCAGCUGAGUCUGCUGGCGAUCUCGCUGACUACCAGCGAAAUAAUUCUUGACCCUGACUGGCUGCUGCUGGUGGGGCUGCUGCUGGGGCUGCUGCUGGUGUGCCUUUUGCUGCUGGGGCUGGCUGCGCGUUUCGUGCGGCACCGCUGGCCCGCUGCUGCUGCUGCUGCUGCUGCUGCUGCGGGGGGGGCCCCCGGCUGCGGGGGCCCCCUCUGCCUCAGCAGCUGCAGCGAGCUGCUGCUGCACCGCAGCAAAAGGGCCCGCAGACGCAGAGCAGCAGAACUCUGCAGCAGCUUCCUCAGGCCUUCGGGCCCCACACGCAUUUCCCACUUCCGAGUUCGCAGCGAAUUGCAAGAAGUCCUUGACAGCACUGAGCAGCAGCAAUAUGACCCUUUGGCUGACGUCAAGCCCGCGCUGGACCGUCUCCACGUCGAAAUAGAUAUUCAAGAUCUCCGCGUUGUGCAGGCAACUCUGGAGAAACUGUGCGACAUGCGGGCAACAGUCUCAGCAAUCUUAGAUCAAGAAAUGCAAAGAGAAAAAGAGACAUGUGCAGAGGCAGCUGAGCUG